AUGCAUACCACUAACGCUUGGAGUUUCUCUUUGGCAGUCAGGCAUUACGACUUUGCUAUGCAGUCUUUCAACAGAGAGGCUUUUGAUAUUGAAAUUCAAGACAAUGACAGUUUCUUCAGUUUCGCCGCCCAAGAAGCUGCCAGUUGUUUCUCUAACUCUCCAAAGUUAACAAGGGAAAACAAGAAACUCAAACGAAACUACUAUUCAACGCAUGA